CAUAAUACCCUCAAUACGAUCACGCAGUAUACGAUUGAGUUGCAGAAGCGUUUCAUCGAAACUCCGGACGGACUGAAGAUGAUCUUACUCCCAGCUAUUCUUGUCCUCACUCUGCUUGGUGGCACAUACUGUGAGUUCCCGGAAGACGACUAUCGACAAAUGCAUGGAUGUGAAGAGUCGGGCAGGGACCCCGUGAAGCAUGAAAACGUUUCAAUGACAACCUGCAGGUUUUACUGCAGGCAAGAUCCGGACGACGUAUGGAUUUACGGCUACUUCAAAGAUAACACAUUAUGUACGGUCUUGGAGACCAGUAAACAGGGCUAUUGCUACCGUGGUCAUUGUUACAACUAUCCCGGAGGAAAACAAGUGAAACCUCAAGAUCUUGAAGAACCGCCUCAAGCCUUACCUUCUACAACAGAACGAGCACUACCGUCAACUAAACAACCAGGAUCGAAGAAGUCGAACAAGACGAAGAAGACGAGGAAACCCCAAAAGGGGAAAAAACAGCGAAAGCAGUAACCAGCAAAUAUUCAAUAAAUACCUCGCGGAGAACUAAACACGCGCUUGGAGAAUAAAGCUGUCGCUAUGCUCGAA